CCCAAAUUUGCUUCCCAGAUCUGCCCGCCGCACCCCCAACCCGUGGCAAUCAAUCCCCUUCCUCGCUUCGCAAAUGGCUCAUUCCAACGGCGCGGCCGCCACUGCCACUGCCGGCGGCGGCGACAUGGACGACGAGACCGCCCCGGUGCCGCGGGCCCUCGCGCCGGCGCGGAAGGUGGCGCUGAUCACGGGCAUCACGGGGCAGGACGGGAGCUACCUCACGGAGCUGCUCCUGUCCAAGGGAUACGAGGUGCACGGCCUCAUCCGCCGCUCCUCCAACUUCAACACGCAGCGGCUGGACCACAUCUACCACGACCCGCACGCGGUGCCGUCGGCCCCGCGUCCCCCGAUGCGGCUCCACUACGCCGACCUGUCCGACUCCUCUUCCCUCCGCCGCGCGCUCGACGCCAUCUCCCCCGACGAGGUCUACAACCUCGCCGCGCAGUCGCACGUCGCCGUCUCCUUCGAGAUCCCCGACUACACCGCCGACGUCACCGCCACGGGGGCGCUCCGCCUCCUCGAGGCCGUCCGCCUGUCGCGCAAGCCCAUGCGCUACUACCAGGCCGGUUCCUCGGAGAUGUUCGGCUCCACGCCGCCGCCGCAGCGCGAGGACACGCCCUUCCACCCGCGCUCGCCCUACGCCGCCGCCAAGGUCGCCGCGCACUGGUACACCGUCAACUACCGCGAGGCCUACGGCGUAUUCGCCUGCAACGGCGUGCUCUUCAACCACGAGUCCCCGCGCCGCGGCGAGAACUUCGUCACGCGCAAGAUCACGCGCGCCGUCGGCCGCAUCAAGGUCGGGCUGCAGACCAGGGUCUUCCUCGGCAACCUCUCGGCCGCCAGGGACUGGGGGUUCGCGGGGGACUACGUCGAGGCAAUGUGGCUCAUGCUGCAGCAGGAACAGCCGGGGGAUUACGUCGUCGCCACUGAGGAGUCCCACACCGUCGAGGAGUUCCUGCAGGCUGCCUUCGGCUACGCCGGCCUCAGCUGGAAGGAUCACGUGGUCAUUGACAAGAAGUACUUCCGGCCUGCAGAAGUCGACAGCCUCAAGGGGGACGCCACCAAGGCGAGGAAGGUGCUCAAGUGGAAGCCCAAGGUUGGGUUCCAGGAGCUCGUGGAGAUGAUGGUCGAUCACGACAUUGAGCUCGCCAAGAAGGAGAAGGUCCUGGUGGAUGCUGGGUACCGUGAUCCCAAGCAGCAGCCAUAGAAACAUCACAGUUGCUUCUUGCUCUGUUGGGGCUCGGAUUCAGAUUGUUCCCCUCAUACAUGGUGGGUCUCAGGGGUAGAGGUUGACUGAAGUUACUAUCGAUAUUUAUCCUGGUAAGAAAUAAGGAUUGUUGCAGUAUGAUCUUACAGUGUGUUCAUUUAGUUUUCUGACUAUGUUAUGUGCUUUAAUCGAAUGAAUGAAUAAUCCGUGCCAAUUUGGU